AUUACCCGGAACGCUUUGCGGGACUUAAGCGCUGUCGUGGCGUUUGUGGGGUGAUCUGUGUCUGGCGAAAGAGUUUCGUAAAGCUCCCCCACUUUUGCCCGGCUGAGUGUCGGAAAAAGGCCGGCUUCGAGAGGGGCUCGCGGGUCGCAGGAGCGAGGCUUCACGGCGUCUCCUUCCCCGCCCCACGCAGAGCGAGGAUGAGGAGGGCCGGGCUGGGUGAAGGAGCUGCUGGCGGCAGUUAUGGCUACAGCAACAGUGGGUACAGUGUAUUUGAGGAAGAAAAUGAGAAGUUAACAGAAAGUUUGCGUUCAAAAGUCACUACCAUAAAAUCACUUUCCAUUGAAAUUGGAUCAGAAGUUAAACAGCAAAAUAAAAUGCUAGCUGAAAUGGACAAUGAAUUUGAUACAACAAGUGGAUUUCUUGGCGCCACGAUGGGUAGACUGAAAACACUCUCCAGAGGCAGCCAAACAAAACUCUUAUGCUACAUGAUGCUGUUCUCACUGUUCGUUUUUUUUGUAAUUUACUGGAUUAUUAAAUUGAGGUGAUGCAUAUUCUCCAAUACGAGAUGAUUUGCGCCACAUCAAGAUCCUAGAAAGGUAUCUGUGAAAAAUGAUCAACUAUUUUUUGUAAACUGCAUUAAGUAUUAAUGCGUGUGGUUUCUCAAUGAUUAUCAGGCCAGAACUACUUCUAUUUUUAAAACCCUUAUUUUGUAGGGUUCUUAAAUUGAAUUCUGCUCAAGGCUGAGCACUCUGUAGAGCCCCCCCCCCCAAAAAAAAGAGGUGUUACAUUGUGGAGUGAAGUGUAUAUAUUAAGAAUGACAUGAAAAGGAUUUUUAAAAAAAUGUCUAAAAGCACCAGUUCUACUUUCCAAAUACCACUAACAAUAAAAUGAACGAAUUGCAUUUGAUGAUGCUGUAAAGUUA